AUGUACCAAAAUGAUCGGCUCCAGUCCAUCAUCGAUCAAAUGAACAAGUCUUUUUUGCAAUUCAACGAAGCCGCCCUUAAGUCGGGGCUCCUUCAGCUCAACCCGGUCUUGGCUCAACAGCUGAAGAGCGUCACCGAAUCCUUCGUCUCCCUAGCCAAAUCAGCUGCAGAGGGACAUGCCGAUGAGGAAGACGUGAAUGAGAUCAUCGAAGCUGCCCCUGUACGAAAAUCUCAGGCUCGGUCAACGCAGCCUCCACGCGUGAACGUAGGCUGGGGUUACUCGACUACUCUUAAAAACUCCCCGCCUGUACAGGCUACACCAUCACCACCCGAAGAAGCUCGGUCACAGAACUAUGGCGACCUUCCUCUACUACCCAACUUUAAUGCGGAACAGGCGAAACAGGGUGGUCUAGUGCAGUAUAGGCGACCACAGAUGCCGGAUCUAUUCGCUCAGGGGGUUUCCUGGGCUCACGCGUCUCUCGAUGAACGACCUAGCAAUCAGCCACUGCCCUUCGGACUUCUUGAUAUUCUAAGUCGACAGGAAUUCAAACCGCCGAGCCCACAGAACCGGAGCAUAUUCUCCGUCAAUAUCCCCACACCCCGAACGACGCCUCCAAUACCACGCCUGCCGUCACCAACAUAUGGCAACCUCACAACCAAAAGCCCAAAGCCAAUUUGGACUUACAGUCAUGAUGAGACGACUUUUGCGAGAAGGUUGACUCGGGCUUCGCUAGAAACGGGAUUUCACUUGCUCAGCUCAGCUAAUCAGCGACCUGCUGCACUUGAAUAUGUAUUCAAGCUUUCGUUGCCGUACAUGACACUGAACCAACUUCGAGACAGGUUCAAGGAGCUUUUGGCCCGGGGCACUGAUGAAGAGCUUGACUUCUGGUCAACGCCAUUUAUACAUCUGGGUGGCGCUGGCACUCACUAUCCACGAAAAGACGCACAGGGUAGCAUCAUCAAACCGCCGAGCACAUGGACUGUCCGCCGUAUCGGCCCUAUAGACAAGGAAAUGAUACGAGCGGAGAACAGCGAAGACCCAAGCCAAAGCCACGAUCUUAACAUCGACCUGACGGGCUUUGAGGGCGAGUGGUUCGAUGCGCACGACGUUGAAGGGUAUCUAGAACAUGAGAAAGGUGUACGCAUCGACCCCAAGAGCUCUUUCAUAGACGCACUCGUAGACGAUGACGACCACCCCGGCGAUGACUAUUUCACCACAAACGCAGGGCUGAACAGCCCUUCACCACCUCGCCGCUCAUCAGACGACAGCACACCCAGUUUUGGUACAGAUACAACAAGCGCAGAGUCACGCUCUGACCUCCCUACACCGCCGAAAGUUCAAGGUGCCACGGGCGCCAACGUGGACCACCUAUUCGCUCCGUCCGAUAUAGCUUUUGGUCUGGAUAUGGGCAUGGCGUCGGAAUUCAAGAUGCCCAGCAUCGACUCAUCCGCAUUCUUCGACCAGCCGUUGGGCUUGGAUCUCGCACCUGGAUUCGACAUAGGCCUCAACAACGGGUCUUUGCAGCCUCUCAACUUCCCCGACGAUGCGAAUGGGUCGAAUAUGGACAUGCCUUUCCAAGGUCUAGAACCGAUACCGGUGGUAAGACAGAAGCGAAAGAAGGCUGUGCUCAUUGAUGUCACCAAGCUGGUUGAUGGUAAGUUUGCUGGGAGUGUGAGCCGGCUGUGGGAUGGUCUGCUAACGAUGUAG